UGAUGGCGUACCUGCCAUUGUCCUCAGGAACUGUGCUGAUAUUUUGUGUUACCCUCUUACUAAUAUUUUUAAUGCUUCCUUUUCCAGUAAUGUUCUACCUUCUGCAUGGAAAAACAUUAAAAUUGUCCCUAUACCAAAACAAUCUUCUGGUACCGAUAGUAAAUUUAGGCCUAUUGCAAUUACUUCUUCUUUUUUAAAAUUGAUGGAAAAACUACUUUUACUUCGUCUUAAACCUUCAUUGAAAGCUUUUAAUGACCCUAAGCAAUUUGCAUAUAAACAUGGUAGAAGUACCUUGGAUGCUGCGGUUGUCUUAUAUCAUAAUGUUGUUUCUUGUUUAGACAAAGGUGCCAAAUAUGUUCGUGGUGCUUUCCUAGACUACACAUCUGCGUUUGACUCUGUACCUAGGGGCCUUUUAUUAAAUAAGCUCUCCUUGACGCACACAGCAUCCUGGGCUAAGAGUUGGUUGCAUUCUUAUUUUUCUGAUAGAAUGCAGUAUACUGCAUAUAAUGGCAAAUCUUCUUCUGCUUUGCUUACAAAAGCCGGUGUUCCUCAAGGUGCCGUCCUCUCUCCCUUUCUUUUUUCUUUCUUCUUACAUGACCUGCCACAUUUAAACGAAACCAAUUUUGUCAAAUAUGCUGAUGAUCUGACUGUAUCACUGCCUAUCACUUCUGAGUCUGACUGCUCCAAACUUAAUAGCUUUCUGUUGGACAUCAGCAUGUGGUCUAAGUCGAAUGGUCUUAUGUUAAAUCCUUCCAAAUGUCAGGCAGUUAACUUUACCUUCAACCAUCGACGUGACAUACAUGAACUAGUUAGUUCCCAUGAUGCCUGUAGCAUAGAUGGUACAGAAAUUGAAACCAAAUCAAGCAUUAAAUACCUUGGAUUAGUUCUUUCCUCGGACCUUUCAUGGUCAUCUCACAUUUUAUUGGUCUCUAAGAAAAUGUUUCGUCUUACCUUCUACAUUAAAAAGUUAAGACAACAAGGUAUCAGCCAACCUUUAGUUCUGCGAUUUUUAAACUCCUGUAUUUUACCCAUUUUACUUUAUUGUUCUCCAUUAAUCUUCCCUGGGCUUCUUAAAAAAGACUAUGCCGUAUUACGAAGGGUAUUAAAUGCUGUGAGUAGGGCUUGUGGUUUGCCACUGCGUGAUCUCGCCAAUACCAUAGUCGAGAGACACGUAAAUUCCUGUAAAAAUUGGGCAAAGGCCGUACUGUCAGACCCUCUGCACCCUCUUUAUUCACAAUUAUCCCCUUGUAUCUCAUCAGGUAGAACGAGAAGUCAAUAUAAGAAAUUUUAUGCUCGUACCACUAAGUACAAAAAUUCUACAAUACCGUACUUAGCCCGUAUUUUAUGUGAUGAAGACACUGUUAGACGUGAAACAUAUAAGUUACUAUGUAAUUAGCAUAGUGAAUCGACCCUUUCAUUGUUCAUCUUUCUGUAAUUCUAUGGUGUCACCCUUUCUAUCGUUUAAUUAUAACUUUGCUAUUUUU